AUUGACUGUGCUGCAGCAGGUAAAUGACACAUAUCUCAUUCGCGAGAAAUGUCAAAUGUCGGCUGAGUGCCGUUUCGCCUCGGACGUGGCUUCGCCGUUGGCUUCGAUGCAUUUCUACUGAGAACACUGCAAGAAUUGCAUGCAAUUUCGGACGAAGUGGAGGAAUCUGCUACACGAUCAGCUGACCGUAAUCAAAACAAUUAACGGUGGAAGUCGUAAACGUCAGCGACAGGCUGGCCGCCGAGAUUUAUCGAGUGGUUUUGUGGUUGAAAAGGCUUGACCGCGUGGAGCCUGUUCUCGGCCUUUUUUUAUUAAAAAGGUACCUCGUUUGGACAAGAAAUUCCGCGAAUAUUUGGAGAAAGCGAUUCAUAAUUUCGAGUGGAAAUUGUUCAUUUACUUGAAGAAGUGAUAGUUGGCGGGCUCACAUGUUCUACAAAACGAGAGUAUUAUAUCAUCUGGAAGUCAUAUAACCACCUUGCAGGGACAAUUAUAAACCGCCCAAAUAUGAUCCUUCGGCGAAAUUUUCUCCCUCACAUCUUACCUGACAUAAGUGCCACCUUAUUCUUAUCAGUAUGCGUUGCGAUUACAUUUUGGUUCGAGUUAUUUGUCGUAGUUCCAGAGUUUCAUGCUCCUGGAAGUUUGGCAUACAAUUUAACAUUUGCCGCAGCAGUAUUUCUCCUUCUCAACGUGAAAGGUAACAUGCUGGCCGUGAUGCUUGUCGACACAAGCAUAAAAGGCCGAAUUCUGACUCCCCCUGAGGAUCCCGAGCAGAAGAAACAAUGGAGACUAUGCUCUGUGUGUGAAACAAUGGCUCCGCCCCGAUCGUGGCAUUGUAACACAUGCAAAACGUGCAUCCUGAAGCGGGAUCAUCACUGCUUGUUCACUGGUUGCUGUAUUGGUCAUCAUAAUCAUCGGUAUUUCAUGAUGCUGAUGUUGUUCCUCUUCAUCGGAUCGACGUAUGCCAGCUUUUACAACCACUAUUUCAUUUGGUACCACCAUGCGAAAAUGUACAAGAGUUACUGGACAGUCCUGAAAUUGGUUAUGCCACUGUUCAUGCUCACUCUGGACACCACUUCAGGGAACUUCUACUUAGCCAUCUUCGAGUUGAAUUUGAUAGCAAUUGCAAUUUCGGGAAUGUUGUUGAUAUAUCAUGGGAAGAUUAUAUUGAAAGGAGGAGUCGUACAUGAGAGAAGAAAGCCAAUGUACAAUUUAGGUUGGAAGCAAAAUUUAAAGAUAGUCUUUGGUGAAAGAUGGUAUUUGGUGUGGAUUUUGCCAUUUAUUGAGAGUAAGUUACCACAUGACGGCAUUCAUUGGGAGAAAGUUGGAUCAAAUUCAGCGAAGAAUCGAUAAUUUGAAGUAAAUCCAUAUCAGUAUUGACCAAGAUGCACUUUUGUGAGGAUUGAACGGGUAUGUAGCGUCCCAAACGUAUUAAAAGUCACCAAAAAUUCGUAGAAUUCAUGUGUUCGUGUCAUUUAGAAUAGUUUAGAAAAAAUAGUUCAUUUGAUCACUAUCGAUGCGCUAUUGGUUACCAUUAACAGUGUUUAUACUAAGAUUUGAUUUUGGGACCAAAUGUGAUUCAAAAUCCAAUUUUGUCACCUUUUUCACGAUAAGUUUUGUGUAUAGUUUUAGGAAAAGUAUUAAAUGUACAUAUUUUGACGGAAUUUACCUUCGAUCAAAUAGAAAUAAAUUGUAAAAACUUGAA